AUGUUCAGACGCGGUUCCGCCAUAGCGAAGUCUUUCUCAAGGGGAUUCGCCCACCAGCAGCGCCUCGCUUCUACUACAACUAUAAGGGAGGCACUCGAGGACGUCAUUCCGCACAAACAAGCGCGCCUGAAGCAGCUUAAAGCGGAACAUGGACAGGCAGUCAUUGGAGAUGUCAAGGUUGAGCAAAUCAUUGGUGGCAUGCGUGGCUUGAAGUCUAUGCUCUGGGAGGCUUCUGUUCUCGAUCCGAUGGAGGGUAUCCGCUUCCAUGGGCUGUCCAUCCCCGAUUGCCAAAAGGUGUUGCCUGCAGCUCAGGGCGGCAAGGAGAUCAUCGCAGAGAGCAUGCUUUGGCUCCUUCUCACUGGAAAGAUUCCCACCGAAGCUGAGACGCGUCAGCUCUCCCGUCAACUUGCGGAGAAGGGCGAGUUGCCCGAUUACAUCGUCAAGCUUAUUGACUCGCUUCCGCAGACAUUACAUCCCAUGACACAGCUCGGUAUGGGUGUUGCGGCUCUUAACCAGGAGAGUGCCUUUGCGGCUGCAUAUGAGCGCGGCAUCAAAAAGAGCGAGUACUGGGUAUAUGCUUUGGAAGACAGUCUCAAUCUCCUGGCACGCCUCCCAGCUCUCGCUGCGCGCAUCUACCGCAACGUGUACAAGCCUGGGCAACCUAUUCCGAACAUUAACAAGGAUCUGGACCUUGUUGGAAACUACGUCAACAUGCUUGGAUAUGGAAAUAAUCAUGAUCUGACCGAAUACCUUCGGCUUUACAUCGCUUUACAUGGCGACCAUGAAGGCGGAAACGCGUCCGCUCAUACCGCUCACCUUGUCGCUUCUACGCUCUCUGAUCCAUACUUAUCGUAUUCUGCUGCACUGUUUGCACUUGCAGGCCCUCUGCACGGACUGGCAAACCAGGAGGUGCUCAGAUGGCAGAUGAACAUGCAGAAGGAGAUCGGCGAUAAUGUUACGCACGAACACAUCAAAGAGUUCCUCUGGCGCACUCUGAAAAGUGGCCAGGUUGUCCCUGGUUAUGGGCACGGUGUACUGAGGAACCCCGACCCUCGCUUCAUUGCUCUGCAGCAAUUCUGCGAGACUCGCCCUGAGCUAUUGAAGGACCCUGUCAUCCAGUUGGUAAAGAAGACAUAUGAUGUUGCUCCGGCCAUCCUGAAAGAGCACGGCAAGACGAAGAACCCAUUCCCUAACGUCGAUGCUGCUUCCGGUUGCGUCCUGUACCACUAUGGCCUUACGCAGUUCAAGUACUACACCGUUAUCUUCGGCGUUUCCAGAGCAUUGGGCGCCCUGACGCAGAUCGUUUGGGCCAGAGCUCUUGGCCUCCCGCUCGAGCGACCAAAAUCUUUGUCCAUGGAUGCGAUCGAAGGACUCAUCAAGAGUUCAUGA